ACGUCACGUGUCAAGUGUUUUAGGUUACGUCAUGGCCUUUGCAAUAAUGACGUCAAUGGCGAACAUUGCAUAAUGCUGUUCACAUUUUUUUGUAGUUCAAAGGUAUUUUCAAUUUUUCUGUUCUCGAUGCGAUCGUCUCAUUUUGUUCAACGACUUCAACCGUUCAGUCAUAUCAGUCAAUUAUCUCAACAACUUUACUUCGCUUGUAUUGGAAGCCUUACCUGUAACGGUUCACUAGCCAUGUUUCCUAGUUCUAGAAAUUCUGGCGUAGAGGGUCCGCGACAAACUGUCGGUGAGGCUUCCUCUUCGCCAUCGGCCCAGGACGACAUGUACUUGAGAGUCUUGGAGAACGUCCGCAGCGGACGCCUGGAUGGUGGCCAGCGCUUCGUGCAGCCAAACAGCUGGGCCGGAGCACUGGUCGCGGGGAAGCCGCAGAUGCAGGUAAACAUGGAGAGUUUCAUCGAGGGGUGCGCAUUCAAGACGGGCAUGAGCGGAGCAAUGGGAUUCGGCCUUGGCAUCGCUCUUGGUAUUUUCACGUCAAUGCUGGACCCUGCCAUUGCCGGUGAGCCUAUGUCGGGCACCGUGGGUCCGCAAGCUAAACCGAUGACGGUCAAACAAACGGCCAAGGAGAUUGGAAAACGGAGCAUGGGUUAUGGCAAGAGCUUUGGUGCUAUCGGAGCCAUGUUUUCCGGAACAGAGUGUAUGCUGGAAUCGUAUCAAGGUCGCACUGGCUCAGCGAACAGUGUGGUAUGUGGCUGCGUUGUCGGUGGAGCAUUAGGCCUCCGAGCUGGCGUCAAGCCUGGCGUCAUGGGCUGCGCAGGGUUUGCGGCCUUUUCCGCCGCGAUCGACCACUUCAUGAGAUGAGCAAUGCUACGUGCUAUCUCUGCUGAUUGUGCUGUUGCUAAUGCCUGGACCAUGUUCACACGCAACCAUCAUUCUACCUCAUACCCAGGCCUGUGAUUCCACUCUAGCUGUGCUAGCUGCCUGCUAGUCUGCUGUGGUAGUUCGGUACAGUAUUGCCGUCUGUGGUUUCUGGAGACGGGCAAGUCUCCCCAACCAAGCUCUCUGCCCCUCUCUCGUCCUGCUAGAGCCGGCAGUGAGAAGAAUGCUGCUGUGGUGGCCGCACGGCCUCUGUUUGCUUUGGCAGCUGGUAGCGCCGACCGGGCAAUGCCAGGCCUCCGUCCGUAUGUGCUCAGAUCCGUGCGGCUGCGUGCUGUAACGGGUGCGCACACGAUCGUGUGUUGGAAGGCAUGCGUGUAGUUUGAAUGAGGUGUCUCAUAACGUGUCGGUCAUCUCAAGCCGAGGCUGAAUAACUGCUAUACCCGCGCGUGCCUGUGUGUGUGUGUGUGUGUGUGUGCACGUGCGCGCCCCACCGCCGAAUCACACCAAUCACUGGGGGCACUCAUCGCUCAUUCUCUUCCACGGCCUCGUACUGGUAUUUAUUCUUUGCUACUUUCUCACGUAUGGACUGACCUGAGCAGUGAAACUUGCUGUGCGUGCAGUAUCCUUUUUGUUCCAGUAGUUAGUGGUUGCUAUAUAGCCUAUGGUAGUUCCGCUGCAGCUCCAGGAAGUUAGCUUAGCGUUAUCAGUGUGUAUGACACAGGUACUACUAGUACUAGCCGACUGCUGCUUGCGGCCCGGCCCGACUUGGUAACUUUCCACUCAGCAAUGUCUCCCUUUCCCUGGUGCACCUGGAGUAGUUUCUGUGCUUUCUUCUCUGGCAACUGCUGCUGAUGUACUGCGCCUCCCCUCGUGCCAAGUUGCUCCCAAGAAGUCUGGAGUUGUGAAUUUGUGUGCUUUCUGAAUUGUCUACAUUUCCUUUAUGUUCAUAAACAGCGUGAAGCAG